AUGAAGCAAGCUUACGACUUGGGAAUCAACUUUUUCGACACCGCUGAGAGCUAUGCGGGCGGACAAUCAGAAAUCGUCAUGGGUCAAGCCAUCAAGAAGUUUGGCUGGAAGCGCAGCGAUCUCGUCAUUAGCACCAAGCUCAAUUGGGGUCUGGCGAAUGGCGAGAUUCUAAUCAAUAACCACGGUCUAUCCCGCAAACACAUCAUCGAAGGCACACGAGCAUCUCUUGAGCGUCUACAGCUCGAAUAUGUCGACAUCAUAUACGCCCACCGCCCCGACCGUCUAACACCCAUGGAAGAGACAGUGAGGGCCUUCAACCAUGUCAUUGAGAAGGGAUGGGCAUUCUACUGGGGUACAUCGGAAUGGUCCGCAGACGAGAUCAGCGAGGCUUGUGGUAUUGCCAGAGCUCUGGGACUGAUUGCGCCCAUUGUCGAACAACCUCUGUACAAUAUGUUGGAUCGGCAGAAGGUGGAAGGCCAGUACCAACGACUGUACUCCCGCUGCGGCAUUGGGUUGACCACCUUCUCACCAUUGAAGAUGGGUCUCCUCAGUGGCAAGUACAACGAUGCGACGACGCAGCCUCCACCAGGAUCUCGCUUCGCAGAGAGCAACGACAAGUUCGCAAGCAGCGUGCGCAGAGACUGGGAGAACGAGCAAUGGGCUGGGAAUAUCAAGAAGAUCGUUGGAUUGAAGGAGGUUGCGGACAAAAUGGGCGUCAAACUGUCGCAAUUGGCUCUGGCCUGGUGCCUGAAGAACGAGAAUGUCUCCGCUGUAAUCACCGGCGCCUCUCGGCCAGAGCAGGUUGUUGACAACGUAGAGAGUCUGAAGUUACUCCCACGCCUGACACCGGAGAUCAUGGCCGAGAUUGAUGAGUAUUUGCAGAACAAGCCAGACCAGGACCCAGCCAGACAAGAUUAG